AUGGAGAAGUACACGCAGUAUCGCGACCGUGGAACCGGGAUCGCUCCGUUCAUACCAAUAACAUCAGCGACAAGCAGCUUCCAUCUCCCGCUCGCCGCCGUGUUAUUCGCACUCAGGGCACCAGUGCUACUGACAAUCAGCAUUAGCUACUUCCUGUUCUUACAGUUCAUGCCGCUGGGUUCUCUAUUUCAGAAAGGAAUACUAUGGAUAUGCAUGCUUGUAGCCGGGGUCUGGUGGGUGGAUUUACAAGUUGAGGGCGUGAAAAGAGGCACCUUGUCGAGGUAUCCGGAUAAACUGCCUUCACCGGGAUCAAUUAUAGCUUCGACGUUCAGUUCGCCGUUGGAUGCAUUAUACCUAGCUGCAACCUUCGACCCGAUCUUCCUCUUCCCUUCGUUCGAUACCCCAUACGUCUUCCAACUAACCCUAUUCCAAACCCUCCUCUACACCUUCGCCCCACCAACCUCGAAACCAUACUCUUCGAAACCUACCACCCUCGCCGAAGUAAUCUCGAAAAACCCACACCGCAUAAUCGUCAUCUUCCCAGAAGGCACAACAUCCAACGGCCGUGCACUUCUCCGGUUCGCACCGGCACUCGAUAGCUUCGCCACACAGUAUAAACAAUCUGGAGAAAAUGGACACGGGAAUGGGACAAUUCCCAAGAACAAGAUAUUCCCAAUUUCGUUAAGAUACUUGCCGUCGAAUACCACUACGCCGCUACCAGGUUCUUACGGUGUCUUCCUCUGGAGAUUGUUAGGGCAACCGAGUCAUACUAUUAAAGUUAGAAUCGGAGAGGCUGUAAAAAUUAGAGAUUUGGAGAUGUCGGAUACGUUGGUAGCUACUUCAAGUAGCGAAACAAUCACAGAGAAGACAGUCGCAAGGAGCAGUAGUGGCGACGAUGCGAACGGGAGGGUGCCUAGAGUGGGAGCAUUGGAAGAGAGGGUAGGUGAGAUACUUGUAAGAGUGGGAAGGAUACGAAGGGUAGGAUUGGGUGUUAAAGAGAAGAUUGGGUUCUGGAAUGCGUGGAAGGCACAAGGUAGGAAGAAGAAGUGA